GCGACAACCAGGCGGACGCCAAGUUCCGGCGGGUGGCGCGCAUCAUGGUGUGCGGGCGCAUCGCGCUGGCCAAGGAGGUCUUUGGAGACACGCUCAACGAGAGCCGCGACCCCGACCGCCCUCCCGAGAAGUACACGUCCCGCUUCUACCUCAAGUUCACCUACUUGGAGCAGGCGUUCGAUCGUCUGUCCGAGGCCGGCUUCCACAUGGUGGCGUGCAACUCUUCGGGCACCGCCGCCUUCGUCAACCAGUACCGCGACGACAAGAUCUGGAGCAGCUACACCGAGUACAUCUUCUUCCGGCCAUCUCAGAAAAUGGUGUCACCCAAACAAGAACAUGAAGACAGGAAACAUGACAAAGUCACAGAUAAAGGAAGUGAAAGUGGGACUUCCUGUAAUGAGCUCUCCACCUCCAGUUGUGACAGCCACUCAGAGGCGAGCACCCCCCAGGACAACCCAGCCAGCGCCCAGCAGGCCACAGCUCACCAGCCUAACACCUUAACCUUGGAUCGCCCUUCCAAAAAAGCGCCUGUGCAAUGGAUGCCCCCACCAGACAAACGCAGAAACAGUGAACUCUUUCAGACACUCAUCAGCAAGUCCCGGGAAACCAAUCUUUCCAAAAAGAAAGUCUGUGAGAAGCUCAGCGUAGAAGAAGAAAUGAAAAAGUGUAUUCAGGAUUUUAAAAAAAUCCACAUUCCAGAUUAUUUUCCAGAGCGGAAACGCCAGUGGCAAUCCGAACUGUUACAGAAGUAUGGGUUGUAGUGAUGAUCACGUUCCUACAGUGUUGCAAUGACAUUCAAUGUUUACUCCAGUGUCACUACCUGACUGUGUCUUAACAAUUGUCAGUGUGAUUCUUGCUGCUCUUCCGUUUCGUGAGCUGUUAAUGUGGGACAGUAUUUCCUUUCAUUCCUUUUUGUUGUUGUUGUUUUUAGAAAUAUUUACAAAAAGAAAAGAACACCAGUAAAUGUUGAAUCAAAGUGGUGUGUCUGAUUCGAACCAUUUUUCAAGGAUGAAAGUACAAUGUGCAUGAUCAAGAAGCUUAGAAUCUUGAUUUUUGAACUGGAUAUGGUCAACUGGAUAUGUUUGUCUUUUUGUAACUCACUAAAAAGAAAUCAUCAUAUCACUCCAACUAAAAGGACAAUAUGGAUGAAGCAACAUCAAGUAAAAUGUUAGAUGAUGGUUUUGGGACCCAAAUCCAAAACUGUUUAACUGUUAUUGCAAUAAAACAAGUAUUAUUUUUGCAUGAGCACAAUGUUACAAGUAAAUCACAAGACAUAGGGAAGGUCUGUUUGUUGUUUGGAAAGAAAAAAAUGUUAUAAAAAAGUAAAGUAAAAAAAAAAUUGUUUCAGGCAAAGCCUGUUAAUGUAAGCUGUCUAGGAAAUUGGGUUUUGUUUGUUCUAGAUCUGUGAUUUUUUUGGUGUGUAUGUUUAUGGUGUUCUGUAUGUUCAGAUGGUGUAAAUAUGCCUUAUACUAUUGUGUUAUGGCACUGACAUUCAUAUAUUAAUGCUAGUCAUGAUUAUUUCUGUGAAAUGAGUUCUUACAUCAGGCUGUGAAAAUUGGUAUAAUGAUGCUCUGAAAGAUCCUACUAUCAUAUUAAUCAAAAUCACUGAGGGAAAUGGUAAAAAGCUUUAUGUAUUUAUUAAAAAAGGAAAAUAUAUUAGAAUUCCUUGGUU